UAUAUGCUGCAGCCAACAAUCCAAAUUAAUGAUAUUCAUGGAAUAUUGCAUUGUGAUGGGGGAUAGGUGUUGCAAGCAGUAUAAAUGAUUUGCUGUCCCUUCUCUACUACAAUUCUUUAGCUCUGAGGCAGGAGGCAUACACAGGACCCGGGGUGAUAAGGUCUGCAUCAAUUAUAAUAGAAUGGCCAUGCGAGAUUUGAUAACAGGGGGAGCAGCGUGUGCGGUCCCUGGAGCUCCUUCUUCUUCCUCUAAUCCUCUCGGAGCUCUCGCAGAUUCUAUCUUGGGAACCUCUUCUAAACAGGAAAGGCUAAAAGAACUUCCAGCAUUACCAGGACUAGGACCAAGUGCUUCUUCAGAGCUUGGAUUUGAUAGGCCUUUGACCUCUCUUCCAGGAUCAGAAUAUGACCAGGAACCCUUUCAACGGCCUUAUCAUCAGGAUGCAGAGUUUUUGCAACGCUUCAAUUCUGCAGAGCGUGCAGGAUAUGAAGAUGCAUGGCAAGAGUCCACCGGAAUCAAAAGAGAAAACCAGGAUUACUUACCUGAGUUUGAACGCAUUUACGAUCAAGGUGUUAACAAUUUUCAUUCUCAACCUACUUUUGAUGGCACUCCACAAAGGGUACUGUCGGGUUUCCUCCGGUCAUUCGUGGACAGCAGCCGAUCAGAAUAUCCUUUUCGUCCAGCACAGCUUCCAACUCUAGGAUUGUCUGAAGGCGACAAACGAUGUAUACGUGACCGGAGUACCAUUAUGGCACGACACUUUUUUGCUGAUAAAAGUGAGGAUUAUAUUAAUGCACAGAUAAAUUCACUUUUGCAUUCCUUGGAUAUUGAAAAUGAUCUUAGGGGUUGGCCUCCUCAAGCUGGGAGGUUCUCAGAGCUGGAAGAAUACUGGAAUGAAUCCCAAGUUACAGGUUAUAAUUCUAUGCAUAAGACAUUUGGAAGCAAAUUUGAUGCCUCUCAUCCUGCAGACAACUGGGUUGCAGAGUAUAGUCAAAGAAAUAUGUCAGAAAAUGCAGGAUCCUGGGCUGAAGAGUUUCAGCAGAAUCGUGGUGUUGAUGCAUGGGCAGAUCAGUUUAAUCAGGAACAAUCUCAGAUGGAUUCAAUUGCACCUUUGAGAAAUGGUAACUUCUCAAACUCUGCAGCACUGGAGCAGACACGUAUGCUUGCACAUACACUGUCUCAAAAUGCAGAUCCAAAAUUUCAGAAUUCGAAGUUCCUCCAGUUUGUUUCCAAAAUGAGUCGUGGAGAGUUAAUUGUUGAUGAUAACCAGGUUAAGCCUGCUGUGACAUCCCAAGCAAAUGCAUGGGCUGAUGAAUACCAGCUACAGCAUGAUGGAAAAUCCUGGGGUGCUCCAUCCUUGUCCAAUGAUUGGGCCAAUGAAUAUCAGCAUUCUCAUCAUGGUGAGACAUGGGUGGAUGAAUAUGUACAAGGAAAGGAAGCAAGGCAGGAACCUGAUGAAGCUUGGGUAAAUGAGUUCUCCAAGAUGCACGUCCAAGACUGGGCAGAGGAUUUCAGUGAUCAGGUUUCUAAGGGCGUUUUUGAGGAAAGUUCAGCUGAUGGCUGGGCAGAUACUUACGAAAAGUAUUUAGAAGAACAAUUGAAAGGGGAACAGCAGUUACCAGGGUCGUCAAGAUUUGUUUAUUCAUUUUCUGAUCAAAAUCCUUAUGUUGGACAUCCUAAUCCACUAAAAGAAGGUCAAGAACUUUUUCGUAAGGGCUUACUUAGUGAAGCCGUGCUUGCUUUAGAGGCAGAAGUUUUAAAGAAUCCUGACAAUUCUGAAGGUUGGCGAUUGCUUGGUAUAACACAUGCAGAGAAUGAUGAUGAUCAGCAGGCAAUUGCUUCAAUGGUGCGGGCAAGAGAUGCUGAUCCAACUAACCUAGAAGUGUUGCUUGCACUUGGUGUUAGUCAUACUAAUGAGUUGGAGCAAGCCGUGGCACUUAGCUACUUACGGGGUUGGCUAGAACAUCAUCCAAAGUAUGGGGUGCUUAUUCCACAAGAUCAAGCAGAGAACUUGAGCUAUAUUGAAGUGGCUAGGCUUUUCAAUGAAGCUGCUCAGAUGUCCCCAGAGGAUGGUGAUGUGCAUACAGUUCUUGGCGUUUUAUAUAAUUUAUCUCGUGAAUAUGAUAAAGCAAUUGGAGCUUUUCAAAAUGCACUUAAACUUAAACCUCGUGAUUACUCUCUAUGGAACAAGCUAGGUGCUACACAGGCAAACAGUGCUCAAAGUGCUGAUGCAAUCUAUGCUUAUCAACAGGCCCUUGAUUUAAAGCCUAACUAUGUUCGUGCAUGGGCAAAUAUGGGUAUCAGCUUUGCUAAUCAGGGCCGAUAUGAAGAAUCCAUCCGUUACUAUGUAAGAGCAUUAACAAUGAAUCCAAAAGCUGAAAAUGCAUGGCAGUACUUACGAAUAUCUCUUAGCUGUGCUGGAAAGACAGAUUCUCUGGAGGCUUGUGAGGUGCGAGAUCUUGAUGCGCUUCAAAAAGAGUUUCCACUGUGAUGUCAGGAUUCAUCACUUGUUGUCCAUGUUAAGCUCAGAUAUUGAUCCUUUGAUGAAUAACCUUUGAUGAUGGUAGGCUAGAGCCUGCUCCCCACAGAAUGUUUCCUGAGUAGAGAAAUGAAGUACACAUUGAAGACAGGUUUUCCUAUGAAGAGUUGCAUAUUUAGACAUGAACACUUAUUUGUUUCUUGUAGAAGGUGGUUCCUUUCCAUGAAGCAGCUGAGGGAACUGAUUUGUAAGAUGGAUAUUAUUUUUAAAGAAAAAAUAAAACCAGGCGGCUGAAAUUUUACAAUUGGGUUUCUGCACAUUGAAGUUCAUUUUGAAUUUGAACAUGAAGAGCCACCUGCAUUGAACAAAGUAUUGCAGAACAAUGUAGAAGUAAAAUAAAUUUACCGUGUGUAAAAUACUCAUCAAUGCAAAUUCAAUCCUAUAUGUUGAUGUUACAAAGAAAUCAAUUGCCUAUGGCUCCUAGAUUGCAAGUUGUUUGGCAUUUUUCA